AUGUCGACCAGUGAGGAGACACCCGCCAAGCAAGAGCCCGUCGAGGAGACUCCUGCGCAAGAACCCCAGCAAACCCAAGAGGGCUCGCUCGAACAGGCUCAGACCGAUGGCAGCGGUCCACCAGGAAAUGGCUCUGCCUUGGCUGAACCCGAAUUUAAGGUCGAGGUCAAGCUGGCCGACCUGCAGGCAGACCCCAACAACCCGCUAUACUCCGUCAAGUCUUUCGAGGAGCUUAAACUCUCCGAUGAACUCCUCAAGGGCAUUCGCAACAUGAACUUCAGUAAACCUUCCAAAGUCCAGGAGAAGGCCUUGCCCCUACUUCUGAUGGAACCGCCCACCAACAUGAUCGCGCAGUCGCAGUCAGGAACUGGCAAGACUGCUGCCUUCUCGCUCAACAUCCUAUCUCGUGUCGACCUAUCCAACCCCGAGCCGCAAGCGUUGGCACUCGCGCCUAGCCGAGAACUCGCCCGUCAGAUUCUUGGUGUCAUCACACAUAUGGGUCAAUUCAUGGAAGGUCUUACGACUAUGGCUGCCAUCCCCGACCCGUCACGAAGGGGACAACAGUUCAACGCCCAGAUUCUUGUCGGCACCCCAGGAACUGUUCAGGAUAUGCUAAGACGGCGUCUUAUCAACCCAAAGGGUAUCAAAAUUUUGGUCUUAGACGAGGCCGACAACAUGCUGGACCAGCAGGGUAUGGGCGAGCAAUGCACUCGUGUCAAAUCACUCCUGAACAAGGACAUUCAGACAGUCCUCUUCUCCGCUACCUUCCCGCCAAACGUUAUCGCAUACGCCAAACGCUUCGCACCCAACGCGAAUACGCUUACUCUAGCUCAUGAAGAGCUGACCAUCGAGGGUAUCAAGCAGCUGUACAUUGAUAUCGACAAGGACAACGACAAGUACGCGACAUUGCUCAAGUUCUAUGGUCUGAUGACACAAGCAUCUUCAAUCAUUUUCGUCAGGACCCGAAGGACGGCUGAGGAGCUCGAGAAGCGCAUGGUUGCCGAAGGCCACAAGGUUGCACAACUGAGUGGUGCACUCGAAGGUCCUGAGCGUGAUCGCAUUAUCGACCAGUUCCGCUCCGGAGAGGCCAAGGUACUCAUCACCACCAACGUCCUUGCUCGUGGUAUCGACGUGCAGUCUGUCACCAUGGUCAUCAACUACGACGUGCCAACCAUGGCAAACGGACAAGACGCAGACCCAGAGACAUACCUUCACCGCAUUGGUCGUACCGGUCGCUUCGGACGUGUCGGUGUCGCUCUCACCUUCGUUCACGACAAGGAUAGCUGGCAACAACUGAAUUUCAUCGCAAACUAUUUUAAGACCGACCUACACCCCAUCGACACGUCGGACUGGGACGCUGUCGAAGAUAUGAUCCAGAAGAUUAUCAAGUCGUCACGAGCGGGCAAGACCACAGCGGAGAUGACGAAGGAGUUGACCGGAUAG